AUAGUCUUUGUGAAUUUUUGACAUUCAAAAAGAAAAACAUUUUUUUGGUGGUGUUUCACAAAGAUUGCGUGAAUUGACACAUUUUUUGGUGGUGAUUUGGUUUUAUUUUUCAAUUAAAAACGCAAUCAUUUGUUAAAUAUUCCAAAUGGCAGUACCGGGCAGUCCAUCGUCGUUUAUCAAUGGCUAUGAAGAAGAUCCAAUUUUUCAAAAAAGUCAUUACACACAAGAUAUCAGCGAACAGAUGCGAGUACCGAAACGCAUCAGAGCCACUGGAGAAUUUUCCGAUGAUUUCGAUAUUCCAAUGGGGAAUGGCACAUCGCAUUGGGCUUACCAUGAUAAAAUCGACAUGACAGUACCCGAUCGAAUUAUGGUUAUUGGACAAGAGCAACAUUUAGGUACGCGCACAGCACCACGUGAAAUAAUGUUAGACAAUACGAUUUUACAACCGCAUGAUGAUCAUCCAGUGCGUGUUUCCACACCACCUCGUGUGAUUACAUUGUCUGAACAUCGAUUCCCAACAGUUGCUGAUGAUCAGUACACACCCGAUGCAGAGCAAGUCAACGGUCACGAAAACGAAUACAGCUCAUUGGGCUCAAACGAUGACAGACAUUUGGCUGUUAGCAAACCAAAGAAAUUGUUUUCAAAUGAUUUUUUCAAUACAAGUCGUGAGGCUACACCACCAUAUGGAGAACAUGCCACACCAAGUGAAGAAGUCACACAUCUACGGCGUCAAGUAUCCCGAUUGAAUCGACGGGUGCUUUCCAUUGAAAUUGAAAAUUUGCAACGACAACAGCGCGAAAAGGUGGUCUAUUUGCUUGGAUUAGCUUACUUUUGCUUCAAAGCCAUCAUGUGGCUGAAUCGAAACUAAAUCUCACCGAACAACAAAUCAAUUGUUUUGCUUUGAGAAAUAAUCUAGCAUCGACUAUGUUAUAUGAAAUUAUAGAAUUUCUUCAUUGUUCAUCCAAAAAAAGAAAUCACACUCAACAUUUCGAAACAAUUGGAUAUCACAAAACAAUUUGAAGAAAAAAAAAACCAAAUUAACUUAGACCGAAUACACAAACACAAAUUUCAAUAGAUUGAACAUAUUGAAAAAGUAAACAUUAUAGAAUUCGAAAGGACUUGAUUUUGAAUGUGAUGAGCCUUCAUUGAUUUCUUGAUUUACAAAAUGAUUUCGUCCUUUAAUGAUAUCAUUUUAAUCUCAUGUGUAAAAAUGAAUUUAUUUAAUUCUUUCUUUUUUAAAUACGGCAGAGUAUGUUUGAUCCUUAGAUUAUUUUCCUUACCAAUCUAUAUUUUAUAAAUCUUACACUU